AUGAAGUGGUCCGUCGUGGUUUUGCUAAUCGCAGCUGUUUCUGUCGCUCAUUUGAACGCCUCGAAAAUCCCGAAAUCUUCGUCGAAUUCCGGCGACAGCAAUGGAGACAUUGAAGAAGAGACGACUGAAGAGACUUUGGUUUUCUUUUUAUUACUGUAUUUAUUUAAAAAUCUUUCACAACUGUAGAGUAUCAGGGAAAAAAAACUAAUUGUUUUUCAGUAAUUUUGAAAUCUAAAUCUUGACAAAUGAAAAUGCUACUUCAAACUUGAACGACUGAAAGUUUUUUAGUGUCACGAAAUUACAAAAAAAAAACCAAAUAAAAAAUUUUAAAUAGCGAAAUCAAAGAAAAAAAAAGUGAAAAAGUUAACAAAAAUUCCAUUUCAUAAAGUUCGCUCCAUUGCUAGGUCGCAACGAAACGGAAAAAUCUGUACAAAAUUCGAUUUUUUUAGAUUUUUUUCUAAGAUAGGUUAGACUUCACUGAUUAUUUUAGUUACAGAAAAAAAGGUUCAUUUCAGCAUAAUUUUUGAAAAAAGCAUAUGCUUUGCUGGAAGACACCUUUUUUAAAAUUCAAAUUUUAGGUUUCCACAACCACUGAAAGCCCGGAAGAGGAUUUUUCGUACCUCGAAUUUUUGAUAAAAAUUUACACGCAAGUCCUCAGUCAACUGGAACAAGCUUCGAAAUUGGCGAAAAAGGGCAAAAUCAGCGAGUACGAUGCGAUAACAGAGUUCGCCGGAAGCGUGGUUUUUGAAAACAAGUGAAAUUUUUCACUUCUUCAUAAUAUAGGAACGUGAAAUCAUGUCACAUACGAUCGCCCUGGCUCAAGGAAAGAUCCCGGCACGUUGUCGAAGCCUGCAAAACAAGGCUUUUGGCUUCUCUGAGCCCAGCUCCAGCGUGGAAAGCGAAGAAGAGUUCCAGAAACCAUAA